GACGCCUCCCCCCCCCGCCCACAACUCCCCAGCCUCGCAGCAGCCCCGCCGCCGCCGCCGCCGCAGGCCGCCUCCAGGCCGGCCCUCCCGCCUCGCUGCGCUUCUGCCCGAAGCAUGUAGCCGCCUGGCCUCCUCUCCAGCUCCAGCCCCCCCAGGACAGGGCCGGUGUCGCGCCCCCCAUGUCAGGCUCUCUGAGCAGGAGGAGUGACCUGGCCAAUGACAACAGCCGCCUGAGCAUGAGCCUGGCCUUGGCACCGCCCGCCGGAGAGGGCCUGCCCCAUAAGGGGCACUGCGGCUACACUGCCUCCGAGCUGCACAGCGUCCUGGGCCUGCCGCCCCCCGCCGAGGAGCCUGCCAACACCAAGUGGGUGAAGGACGGGCAGAACCAGCUGCGGCAGGCAGCAGAACGUGGCCGCGACCAGAACCGCAAUGAACUGAGCCUCCCCACGAAGGAGUUGAGCACCCUGCUCAUCCCACUGCCUGACGAGGAAGAGAAAGAUGGAGAAGACGAGGAGGAGGAGGACGAGGAAGAGGAGGACGAGGAAGAGGAGGAUGAGGAGGACUCCACGCCCGUCCAGAGCGAGCCCGUCACGGAGUCUGAGCAGAGCUCAGAGCGGGCUCUGCCACGCGGGGAGCAGGCGCGCAGUGCCAGCCUCCUCUUUGGGAUGCGCAACAGUGCUGCCAGCGACGAGGACUCCAGCUGGGCCACUCUCAGCCAGGGAAGCCCCACGGGCAGUUCUCCGGACGAAACUGACUCCUUCUGGCUGUGCAAUUCACUGGAGACGGACUCUGAUCUCCCGGCAGGAUGGAUGCGGGUGCAGGACACCUCUGGCACCUACUACUGGCACAUUCCAACGGGGACCACCCAGUGGGAGCCUCCCGUAGGGAGUGGAAGCAGCGACUCUUCGGCAAAUACCCCCUCCAGGGAAACGCAGCUGACUUGGAUGGAUUUUGGACAGGCUGGGCACUCUGAGGACCCCCCCUUCUGGAAGGAUGUCCCAUCAGGAGAGGUGACCCCUGAGCCCCAGCUGGACAAGAGCCAGCCCCCAUUAUGCUUGGGGUCUCCCAGUGCCAGCUCUUUCCUGGGAGAGGAAGGUGACACAGCUGCCGCAUCCCUCGGCCUCAGCCAGGGGUCCAAGUGCUUCUCGGUGUGCUCUCUGGGCUGGGUGGAGAUGUCUGAGGAGGAGCUGGCGCUGGGCAGGAGCAGCUUGGCCGUCAACAGCUGCAUCCGGCAGCUCUCGGCUCAGAAUCGGGAUCUGACCGGCUCCUGGGCGAAGGGCAAAGCCAUGCUCCUGCUGCUAGAGAAGGAGGCCCUGCAGCUGCUGGACCCCGAGGGGGGCACCGUCCUGCACAGCCAGCCCAUCAGCCACAUCCGCGUCUGGGGGGUUGGGCGGGACAGUGGCAGGGAUUUUGCCUACGUGGCACGUGAUCAGCUGGCCCAGAUGCUGAAGUGCCACGUCUUCCAGUGUGACACGCCCGCCAAGAACAUCGCCACUGCGCUCCAUGAGAUCUGCUCCAAGAUCAUGAGCGAGCACAGGGGUGGCCAUGCCCCGCCCAAUGGGCUGUCGCUGGAUCACUCUAAGUUGGUGGAGGUCCCCUUCCAAGUUGAGUUUCCAGCCCCCAAAAGCGAGUUGGUGCAGAAGUUCCAGGUGUAUUACCUGGGCAGCGUCCCAGUGGCAAAGCCUGUCGGCAUGGACGUCAUCAACGUGGCCCUGGAGAGGGCUCUGGCAGUCGGCCGCAGAGAAGAGUGGACACCCAGCCAGGUCAACGUGGCUCCGGCCACCCUCACCCUCCUGCACCAGCAGACAGAGGCUGUGUUGUGUGAGUGCCGGGUGCGAUUCCUCUCCUUCAUGGGCAUCGGGAAAGACGUCCGGUCCUUUGCCUUCAUCAUGGCUGCUGCGCCUGGCAACUUCCUCUGCCACAUGGUGUGGUGCGAGCCCAAUGCCGCCGGCCUGAGCGAGGCGGUGCAGGCAGCCUGCAUGCUUCGGUACCAGAAGUGCUUGGAUGCUCGGCCCCAGUCCACCAGCUCCUGCCUCCCAGCGCCCCCUGCUGACUCUGUGGCCCGGCGCGUGGGCUCCACCGUCCGCAAGGGCGUCCAGACCUUGCUGGGGACCCUGAAACCCAAGCACCAGGGGGCUCAGACACCGUGAACAACCAGCGGUGGAGCUGGCGCCCCCCGUACUGAAUCCCUGGAUGAGGCCAGCACAGUUGGAUUGGCUGGGCAGCCCUCCCCCCCCCCCCGCGUGCUCUCUCCAUGUGGAAGGAUGUGUGUGCAAGGUGUAUAUUUAUGAGGUAUGAGUGUGUCUGCGCAAGUGAGAAAUGUUCAUGCUACCUGCUGUGAACGGCUGCCCCCCAGCCCCCGGCCCCCCCCACAACAUCGAGGGCGUCUGUGCCACCUCCUAGGACACCUCUGGGCAUCCUCUGCUGGGCCUGACCCCCACCCUUGCUGUGGGCACCUGAAUUAAGCUGAACAAAGUGGCAUUGGGGCGGGACGGGGGGGAGAACCUCUUCCGUCCUGGGCUGUAUGGCUAACACAGAACGGAGCCCUCACCAGGGGCGGGGGGGGGGGGGAGCUGCCCCUCUCUCUGCUGUAACGAGAGAUCUUGGUGUUGUACUAAAACCAUCAAUAAACUCGGUUCCCUUG